ACAUUUGUUUAGACUGGUAGCUCCUUGCAAGCAAGGCCCAGUCUCAUCAGAUCGGGACUCCGAAUACGUGCUCAAUGCCACAGUGCACGCCUUGACCCUACCGCUGGAGGGGAGAACGUGGGCCCAGUGAGCUUAAUCAGUCCUCACAAGGUCGGGGCCGCUGACCCACUAAUCAGCUUGAGCCUCCUAAUCCAUCCCCAGCAGGAACCGCAGGACAGACGGCAGUGGCUCCUGAGAGAGCUGGCUGGGGCCAUUUUGGCCUCUCGCCUGUGGCCUUCUGCAGACUGGGUCUGGGAGGGGAUGGGGCAGCUGCGCCAUGUGCACCACCCUUUUCCUGCUCAGCACCCUGGCCAUGCUCUGGCGCCGCCGAUUUGCCAACCGAGUCCAACCAGAGCCCAGCGACGUGGAUGGGGCAGCUAGGGGCAGCAGCGUGGACGCGGACCCUCAGUCCUCAGGCAGGGAGAAAGAACCUCUGAAGUAAGCCCUCACCUCUGCAGGUGGGGCUCAGGCCCAGAGACUGGGAUCAGCUGGCUCAGGCAGCUCAGGUCCUGGUUCGUCCCCUAGCCCAGGAGGAUGCUGUGGGAGCUGAAGCAGCAGCAAGAGGGAGAAUGGGGGGAAGCAGCACUAGAGAAGUUCCCAGAGCUCAUCCUGUCACUGGCUGCUCUGCUGAAAUUAUCAAUAAGAAAUGCCAGUUGGAUCUGUGACAUAUCUGCCUGCAGCUGGAUGGGAGCAACGGACAGCUUGUCCUCCGAAUGUGUUUUCUUCCUUCAGCUCCUACUUAAUGGAAGCCUCGCAGAUGCAAGAUGGCUCCAGCAGGCCCAGCAUCACUUCUUCUCAGUGUCCCAAAGCCAGAAGAGAGGCUGUUGUUUUAAAAAGCAGGAAAACUUUCCUAAACUUGGCCAGAAUUGCAUCGCAGACCCUUUCCAAAACAAUUUCCAGCAAAGGGAAUAGACUUACCAUGUCUGGUACAGAUGAAUCAAGAUUUGCCAGUGGGGGCUAGGGAGGGGCUUGCCCUUGCUGAAGCAGACCCUUGCCCAGCAGCUGAACGGAGCCCAGGUUCACCGGAUGGAGGAAGAGACUGGCCGCUAACAGUGCCUGACAUACAGAUGUGCUUCCUGUGAUAUCGCUGCUGCCACUGUUCCAAAUGUCAGCAGUCAGCUGCCUGGGAUACUACCUACCUUCUUUUGUGUUCUUAUUAAUAAAAUUAAAGAUUGCUUUCUGGGUAGAGAAAUUAA